UGUCAAUUACAACAGUUCAACAUCAAUUUCAACCCAAUUGCAUUCUUUACAAUUAAUGCAUGUGCGUUAUGCAUGUCAUACAUCCAAUAAGAAAUAGGAAUCAUGUAAGUUAAAGUGAUGCAUGCCCGCGGAAAAAGCUGAAUCGAAUGUAAUGCACAAUUUCAUGGCCUGCGUAAUUUUGCAUCUUUUGACUGCACUGAAUGCGUUAGUGUUAUUUAUGUGUGUACGUAUUUAUGCAUGUCUGUAGCGAAAUUUGGACGAAUGUAUGCAAAUGUAAGGCUGCAUGUGAGUGAAAAUUAAUGUAGACUAAUUUUUUUACAUUCAUAACGCUCAACAAGUACAUUCCGAAUUCGUUGGCAAAGGGUGUCAGUCCGCCGUUAUGUAUCGCAAGUUGUACGAUUGCUACUUUUGUAGAAUUUGUGGCAGACAACGCCGCCACUUGCAUUGCCGGGGCACGUUGCACUAUUUUUUGACAUAGGUUUCUCAGUUUCAGCAUGCAACAAGAGUCGGAAACCAUGGAAGGCCUGGCAGACUCGGUCACCAUUGACAUGAGUGCGCCCGAAAGGGACCCACUGGCCCUCGACUUCGUCCACAACAGUCCGUCAUGUGAUCCCCUGCAUGAUUCGAUUACGGAGGUCGUAGUUGGUCUUGGUCAAGGAAGAGAGUCGGUCCGCGAAGAAACCACAGCACAGUCCCCCACCAGGCCUGACGCAGCUGUCCCCCCCCAAACCAAGCGACGACUAUUCCAGGACAAGAAGCCAAGCGAAGAGGAGGGCCAGGAACAAGAGUCAGAACAGUCUGACGAAUACUCCGGCAGUGAGUACGUUCAAGAAGAAGAAGACAGCCAGUCCGGUGCGUCGACUUCGAGCCACACAGACAGUGAGCGUCAGAAGCGACCUCUCCGACCACCUCCAGCUUCGGACAGUCCAGAGAUGGCAGACGCUCGUAUGGAGCCGGCAGAGGACGACGAACUUGCUGCGCAAGUGGCAGCUCUGAGGACGAGGAACGCUGCGUUGGCAGCGGCCAAGUUGGAACUCGUGCAGCGGGUAGCCUCCCUAGAAGCAAAGAAGGCCCGUCUCAUGGAGGAGAACCAAACGUUGCGUGACGAAGCGGCUGUCAACGAUCAAAGAGUGGCUCACCUCAAGAAGGCUCGGAGGGAAUUCAAGCACCAGAACCUCGAGACGGUCCACUCUCUCCAACAGGCGGUCGCUGAGCCUGGAACCAGCAAGCACACAGAGGCCACUUACUGGACCAACAUGAACGCUGUCGGCCAACGACUCAGCGAGCACGGUUGGCAGAAGGUUCUGCUGAAUGACCCCAACCUACCAAAAAAGGUUCCAUCGUGUGUCACUUCAAAGAAGGGCAACAUCGGCAUCGAGCAGGACGACAUCGAUGAGUGCUACGAGGAUGGCAGCGGAUCCUUGUACUCGGUGAUGCGGCACGUGGCAAUCAACCUCUUCAGGAUCGAGAACCUCCUGUAUUUCAGCUACGGAGGCACCAGGAGCACAAGGCGGCAAAAGGCAACCAUGGCACUUCCCAAAGAGCUGAAGAAUGAGUUUCUCGACCUGGCCGGAAAAAUCAUUGCCAACACCAAGUACAAGUGGUACAUCAGGUCGAAAGAGGUCACCAUCAAGGAAAUCGACAUCAAGCGCAUUGCCAAGAAAGCGCUCAUCAAUCUGAUGACGGAGCGGCGCCCAAAGUUCAAACCUACCAAAGAAGACACAAGUUCCUCAGAGUCCGAAGACGAUUCGGAUUAAUUUCCAUGUCCGAUACUGAUUGGCAGCUACCUUCAGUUACAUUUUGCAUUGUAAUUAUUUUCAUAUGCGUGAUACACUGCUUGUUACCACAAAUAAAUUAACCAUUCCAAAAAUUUCAUUGUUUUCUUUAACAUUCCAUGGCAUUGCUCGCAGCAAACACGAUUUUAAUUUCUACAGUUUGUCGCAAUUUCCAUAUUGCUCUAAUACAAUUUUUUCAAUUGUUCGUGCAACACGUUUCGUUAUAAACAAAAUCACGCUACGUUAACCCUUUCCCUCCGUUGCUGAUUGUUUUCCGACAGUUAAAUUGAACUGGAUCUGCAUUGCCGUGGCAGCGUAACCGCCAUGGCCGAAACAGUAAUUUUCGGAUUUUGGCCGACGAUUUCGAUAAAAAUUGCUUCGCGAAUUAUUCCGCGAAUAAUUACACAAAAAUUAAGUGGAUGUGGUGCGGAAUUAAAUUUUUUUUUUCCGACAGUUAAAUUGAACUGGAUCUGCAUUGCCGUGGCAGCGUAACCGCCAUGGCCGAAACAGUAAUUUUCGGUUUUUGGGCGAAAUUUCCACAUCAACUUGCUUCCCGAGUGAUUCCUCAACUAACUUUACAAAAAUUUUUAAUGAAACAGUGAAAUUUGAAUUUUUUGAGCGACAAUAGAAAUUACACCAUGCAACGCGACUAGGAUCGCACUCAGCUUUAUUUGGCGAUCAAAGUGCUAAACUGGCAGCGGAUCUGCAUUGCCGUGGCAGCGUAACCGCCAUGGCCGAAACAGUAAUUUUCGGAUUUUGGCCGACGAUUUCGAUAAAAAUUGCUUCCCGAAUUAUUCCGCGAAUAAUUACACAAAAAUUAAGUGGAUGUGGUGCGGAAUUAAAUUUUUUUUUUCCGACAGUUAAAUUGAACUGGAUCUGCAUUGCCGUGGCAGCGUAACCGCCAUGGCCGAAACAGUAAUUUUCGGAUUUUGGCCGACGAUUUCGAUAAAAAUUGCUUCGCGAAUUAUUCCGCGAAUAAUUACACAAAAAUUAAGUGGAUGUGGUGCGGAAUUAAAUUUUUUUUUUCCGACAGUUAAAUUGAACUGGAUCUGCAUUGCCGUGGCAGCGUAACCGCCAUGGCCGAAACAGUAAUUUUCGGUUUUUGGGCGAAAUUUCCACAUCAACUUGCUUCCCGAGUGAUUCCUCAACUAACUUUACAAAAAUUUUUAAUGAAACAGUGAAAUUUGAAUUUUUUGAGCGACAUUAGAAAUUACACCAUGCAACGCGACUAGGAUCGCACUCAGCUUUAUUUGGCGAUCAAAGUGCUAAACUGGCAGCGGAUCUGCAUUGCCGUGGCAGCGUAACCGCCAUGGCCGAAACAGUAAUUUUCGGAUUUUGGCCGACGAUUUCGAUAAAAAUUGCUUCCCGAAUUAUUCCGCGAAUAAUUACACAAAAAUUAAGUGGAUGUGGUGCGGAAUUAAAUUUUUUUUUCCGACAGUUAAAUUGAACUGGAUCUGCAUUGCCGUGGCAGUUGAUCUGCAAGCCCAAACGGUUACUGCAGUGGGCGUGGAGUGCAUCUGCAAAAUCUCAUGAAUCACUUUCAGCAACUCUGCUCAACCUUCCAAUUUUGGACUUUUACUGCAAUUCUCCAAGGCUGUCCUUCGUGCUUACACUAAUUCUGCGCAUAAAUUGCUUCAAGUGACACACUGUUGCCACGCAAUUUCUCAAAAAUGCGGCCACUUGGAUCAUAUGCCCAAUUUGGCAAUCAGUUCUGCAAAAUUGUCAGUGCAGAGGAAGAUCAGGCAUUCAGGUCCCCGGCAAUUUACCACAUCACAGUGCUCGAGUGAGUCUUUUCGAACGAACCAUUACAAUAUCUCGCAGCUCUAAUUUAUUCCCAUAGGCGAGUUGCUAAGACUCUCAUCCAGAACGGACCGCCAAAUGAGUUGGUCCAAAUUAAAGGAUGCCAUUACGUGGAAGACAGGGCCCUCCGUGAUACUAUUCGAGUUCUACCAUCCAUGCAGGAGGCUUCUACAGAUGCUUCAUAUUUCUGCAGACUCUAUUUUGAUGGAUCCUCGUUCCUACCAACAAUGAUUUUCAACGAACAAGACAAGUGGUGCCCUUGCAGGUAUUCAAGCAAACGAAAGAUGCUGGCGCACGUCACAACGGACGGAUUGAAUGGCCUAACUUCUGUAACACAUCAUUUUAAUAUUCAAAAGGCCAACAAAAACUCUAUCAAAUGUUUCAUUAUGGUGUCACAGGUGCGGUUCGGCUCGUCCGUUGCUAUUGAGAAGGGGACAUGCUUAGCCACAACACUCAAAUCAGAGCAAUUGCCAGAAGUGCCUGGACAAAAAUUACUCCGCGUUGUCCGCGUUGACAAAAUCAAGGUCAAAAAAACCGGUGACAAAAAAUCAGACCAGGUACUCGCUGCAUCAAAGAUUCGGUUGGCUGUCACUUGCUUUGUCAGACCUCCUGAGACCAACAGUUGUUCGCAAGAAUCGCCUGCAAAUCUUCUACACUUGUCUUCAUACAAAACUGAAAUUUCUGGUGCACUUUUCGUCGCGGUCGUUAACGUCUCGUUCCAUAACACACUGGAAGUGAAGUACACAACCGACAUCGAUCAAUACGGAACGGCCACAUACAUCUGCAACAGUCUCCUAGACAUGCAAACCAACCAAGUUGUAUUGCCUGCUUCCAUCCCAAAAUUAGUAAUUGAAUUCAUUUAUGCUAACAGCUUUCGAUGCUUGAUGGCUCCCUUGCUUCAACAAAGAGUGUUACUCCGUCACUCGAAUCAAAUCCACUCCGAUGCCUAGAUCUGUUCUGCGGCUGCGGAGGAUUAUCCCUAGGGUUGGAGAUGAGCCACCUGACAACCUGCCUUUGGGCAGUUGACGCAGACCCUACAGCGUGCAAAUCCUUCGCUGCCAACUUCAGACAAGCAACAGUGUACCAAAGUUCAGCCAUUGACUGGUUGAAAGAACUAAAAACGGUAACUUGUUCGAGCACAACACCAAGGAAGAUUAAUACUCCUAAAUCCAAAAUAGGGAGCAUUGUUCACAAAAAAGGGACAGAAGCUGCCACAAACCGGCGAGGUGGAAAUGAUUAUUGGAGGACCGCCGUGCCAAGGAUUCUCCAAAUUAAAUAGAUUCAAAAACAACAACACCUCAGUCACAAACGUAACUACUUAGAAUUCACUAAAAUCAACUUUCCAUUGUUUCUUUCAUGCCAUUCUUCAGAAAUCACAAGUUCCAGUGUUUCUGGAAAUCGUCGCCUACUUCAGGCCUAAGUGCUUCUUGAUGGAAAAUGUCAAAUCCUUCAUCACAGAGG